CUUUUCCCCGUUUAGCCCGGCACGAUAGAGCAAGCGGUCAACGAGAUCCGCGUGGUCGUGACGCCCACCGAGGACGGGGAGGUGCAAAGCGUCUGGCUGCUCGCCGAAAUUGAUCACUGGAACAACGAGAAGGAGCGUCUCGUUCUUAUCACGGAUUGGUCCCUCCUGAUCUGCAAAUACAACUUCAUCAGCCUGCAGUGCCAGCAUGUGACGAGGAUAGCCCUCAGUGCAGUUGAUACCAUCUCUGUAGGAGAGUUUGAGUUCCCACCUAAAUCUCUGAACAAGCGAGAAGGUAUCGGUAUUCGAAUUCAGUGGGACAAGCAAAGUCGCGCCUCCUUCAUAAACAGAUGGAACCCGUGGUCCACAAACAUCCCGUACGUCACCUUCACCGAACAUCCAAUGGCAGAUGCUGAUGAGAACAUUGCAUCCCUUUGCCUAUUGGAAAACUUUAAAACUCAGCUAAUUCAAGCUGUGAAGAAAGCCCAAAAGGAGUGUCCGUUGCCAGGAAGGGCUAACGGCGUGCUGGUGCUGGAACGUCCUCUUCUGAUUGAGACCUACCUGGGAUUGAUGUCCUUCAUCAACAAUGAGGCCAAACUUGGCUACUCCAUGACGAGAGGCAAAAUUGGAUUUUAAAAUUCAUUGCAUUUAAUCUUUUCAAGGGAAAGUGAUUUGAUAUUGGUCUCCUGGGGAGAGCAGGCUGUGUGGCAGAAUACUCGAUAAUCAAAGUGAAGAAGUUAGGGGAACGGAAGGGGGUGGUUGUAGAUCUAACAGUUCACGGGAGGCCCUGGUUGUUACGGGGAAUGCACAGGUCAGAUUAAUCCGAAGCAGACACAAGGUAGCGUCAUUCUUGUAUUUUGUACCCAAUAUUCAGCUCUUAGUGGUUCUUAUACAGGGCUAGUGAGCAGCAGUAUUGUCCAUUUCUAGCUACAUGUUCUUCCCUGUUAAUUCAGUGCGAUUGGUAUCUGCUACAAACACUCUGCACAAAUAUGCAAGAUACAGUAGAACAUUCAUGCCGUAUUGCAGUUGUAUCCCUAUAUAUGGCGUCAAGUCACGUAGUGUGCUUGGGAUUGAUUUGUCUUGUUUAAAGAGGUAUUAGUGUUCACAAUUACAGUAAUCUUGGCGUUUUGAUUAAUGCCUGUUAAGAAUUUUGGAAGCUGUGUCAGUCAUUCUUCAGCAGAGUCAGCAAAUUUUGUUAGAGCUGUACUGUUAACGUCUGCUCAGAAGCAGUGUACGUGAACUAUUACUUUGUAAACCGAGGUAUAUGGCUGAAUAUGCAUUUAUUAGCUUUUUCUAAAAAUACCUCCCUCGAAGAACUGAGUCUAACUUCCUAGUUUCUUACGUAUGUUUUCUUGCUGCAGCCGUAGAAUAAAGACUCUUGAGAGAGAAUAUUGCCAAAAGCCUCACAAACACAUUUGCCUUCAAAGCUAUUAUUUAUAAAACUGAAAAGGAAUUCUAUUUUGAUUAGAUUUAUAUUCUUAGCAAUUUUUCUUAAAUCUACUCUGGUUUGGGACAGCAGCAGUGCAGACUUUUUAAUGGAGACAGAUCAAACUAAGCACUGUACGUCAAUCUUGAUUUCUACAUUCUUGCACUUAACCUCAUACAAGUGUAUACGUGCCAUUUUAUCAGAGCAUUUAUCUGCGCAACUACAAUGCUGAAUAAGUGCUGUGCUGCGGUGGUGUUUUUUCUGAAGUUAAAGUAGAUGCGUGUUUAUGAAACUUAUGUAAAGCUGAAGUCAUGAUGGAAUGCAAUAAGUUGCAUGCCCCUCUCAAUGCGUUUUCUAAGAUACCUAUUUAAUUUUCAUUAAUCUUGCAGUAAAGUUAAAUUUCAACUCAA